UCCCCGGGCUGGCGUGAGCGGCUGCCCGGCCUCCCCGCACCCCCGGCCGGGGCCCAUGCGGCGGGUGCCCCUGCUGUGAGAAGCCCCGCCCGGCCGGGCUCCGCGCCUUCCCUUCCCUCCCUUCCUCCGAGCUUCUGGGUUCCCUCCCCUGAGAUACCGGCGCCAUGUCCAGCGCCCGGACCCCCCUGCCCACGCUGAACGAGAGGGACACGGAGCAGCCCACCGUGGGACACCUGGACUCCAAGCCCAGCAGUAAGUCCAGCAUGCUGCGGGGCCGCAACUCAGCCCCCUCUGCCGACGAGCAGCCCCACAUCGGCAACUACCGGCUCCUGAAGACCAUUGGCAAGGGUAACUUCGCCAAGGUGAAACUGGCCCGGCACAUCCUGACUGGGAAGGAGGUAGCUGUGAAGAUCAUUGAUAAGACUCAGCUCAACUCCUCCAGCCUCCAGAAACUAUUCCGAGAAGUACGAAUAAUGAAGGUUUUGAAUCAUCCCAACAUAGUUAAGUUAUUUGAAGUGAUUGAGACUGAGAAGACGCUCUACCUUGUCAUGGAGUAUGCCAGUGGAGGAGAGGUGUUCGAUUACCUCGUGGCUCACGGCAGGAUGAAAGAAAAAGAGGCACGAGCCAAAUUCCGCCAGAUCGUGUCUGCUGUGCAGUACUGUCACCAGAAGUUCAUUGUUCACAGAGACUUAAAGGCAGAAAACCUGCUCUUGGAUGCCGAUAUGAACAUUAAGAUUGCAGACUUCGGCUUCAGCAACGAGUUCACCUUUGGGAACAAGCUGGAUACCUUCUGUGGCAGUCCCCCCUAUGCUGCCCCAGAACUCUUCCAGGGCAAGAAGUACGAUGGGCCUGAGGUGGACGUGUGGAGCCUGGGUGUCAUCCUGUACACACUGGUCAGCGGCUCCCUGCCCUUCGAUGGGCAGAACCUCAAGGAGCUGCGGGAGCGAGUAUUACGGGGGAAGUACCGUAUUCCGUUCUACAUGUCCACCGACUGUGAAAACCUGCUCAAGAAAUUUCUCAUCCUCAAUCCCAGCAAGAGAGGCACGUUAGAGCAAAUCAUGAAAGACCGGUGGAUGAACGUGGGUCAUGAAGAUGAUGAGCUGAAGCCUUACGUGGAGCCAGUCCCUGACUACAAGGACCCAAGACGGACAGAGCUGAUGGUGUCCAUGGGCUACACCCGGGAAGAGAUCCAGGACUCGCUGGUGGGCCAGAGGUACAACGAGGUGAUGGCCACUUACCUGCUCCUGGGCUACAAGAACUCUGAGCUGGAAGGUGACACCGUUUCCUUGAAGCCACGGCCUUCAGCUGAUCUGACCAAUAACAGUGCCCCGUCCCCCUCCCACAAGGUACAGCGCAGUGUCUCAGCCAACCCCAAGCAGCGGCGCUUCAGCGAUCAGGCUGGUCCUGCCAUUCCCACGUCCAAUUCCUAUUCGAAGAAGACUCAGAGUAACAAUGCAGAGAACAAGAGGCCUGAGGAAGACCGGGAGUCGGGCCGGAAGGCCAGCAGCACUGCCAAAGUGCCCGCCAGUCCCCUGCCUGGUCUGGAGAGGAAGAAAACCACCCCUAGUCCCUCCACGAACAGUGUCCUCUCCACCAGCACGAACCGCAGCAGGAAUUCCCCACUUCUGGAGAGGACCAGCCUUGGCCCGGCCUCCAUCCAGAAUGGCAAAGACAGCCUAACCAUGCCGGGGUCCCGGGCCUCCACGGCUUCCGCUUCAGCCGCAGUCUCCGCGGCCCGGCCCCGCCAGCACCAGAAAUCCAUGUCGGCCUCCAUGCACCCCAACAAGGCCUCUGGGUUGCCCCCCACGGAGAGUAACUGUGAGGUGCCACGGCCCAGCACAGCCCCCCAGCGUGUCCCUGUCGCCUCCCCCUCCGCCCAUAACAUCAGCAGUGGAGGAGCCCCAGACCGAACCCACUUCCCCCGGGGCGUGUCUAGUCGAAGCACCUUCCACGCCGGGCAGCUCCGACAGGUGCGGGACCAGCAGAAUCUGCCCUACGGUGUCACCCCAGCCUCCCCCUCCGGCAACAGCCAGGGCCGGCGGGGGGCCUCCGGAAGCAUCUUCAGCAAAUUCACCUCCAAGUUUGUACGCAGAAAUCUGUCUUUCAGAUUUGCCAGAAGGAACCUGAAUGAACCAGAAAGCAAAGACCGGGUGGAGACGCUCAGACCUCAUGUGGUGGGCGGCGGCAACGACAAGGAGAAGGAGGACUUCCGCGAAGCCAAGCCCCGCUCGCUGCGCUUCACGUGGAGCAUGAAGACCACGAGCUCAAUGGAGCCCAACGAGAUGAUGCGGGAGAUCCGCAAGGUGCUGGACGCCAACGGCUGCCAGAGCGAGCUGCACGAGAAGUACAUGCUGCUGUGCGUGCACGGCGCGCCGGGCCACGAGGACUUCGUGCAGUGGGAGAUGGAGGUCUGCAAACUGCCGCGGCUCUCCCUCAACGGCGUGCGCUUUAAGCGGAUAUCGGGCACCUCCAUGGCCUUCAAAAACAUUGCCUCCAAAAUCGCCAACGAGCUCAAGCUUUAACGUGCCCCGAGUGGGGGCGCCCGGGCGGCCCGCUGGACUUCGCUGCUGGGGCUGCCGGCCGCCUCCCGCCCCGGGCGGGCCAGACUGCAGACCGGACUCGGUUGUCGCCCCCUGCUGGCCCAUCGCCUCGCCUCCUCGGUUCCUCCCGUCAGUGGGCGCGGGCGGGGGGCGGCGCCCAACCCCCCCACGUUCAGUCCUGCCCCUCCCUGCUCCCCCCUGGCCCCCACCGGAGGCAGAGGGCGGGGCGGGCGGCCGGCGGGGCGGCCCCUCGGCACUGCGGUCGCACAGAGUAUUUCGCCUAAACCACAAAUUUUUUUAUUACCAAAAAGAAAAAAGAAAAAAAAAAUCCCAGCAGCCACCUUUCCUCGCUGCCCCGAUGGGACAGUUGAGACUGGAUCUCUGGGGUCUCCCGGGAGGGUGGCUCCGGGCUGGAACACUCUCAGGCAAGAGUGGUGGGGUCCCCGCCAGUCCCUCCGCCAGGCCCGCUUUGGGCAGUUCGGCGCCCCUUCCCUCCAAGCGAACCACCAGAGGUGGCCUUCCCCUGACUUAAGGCCCCGAGCUUGAGGCCUGGGCAGCUGGGGAGGGGGCUGCCAGGUGAGGCUGGGGGCACUGGUUCCCUCACACUGUAUCCUCUGCCCACCCUGCUGCCCCCGAGCCGGCCACUUCCUUCCACAAGCUGCUGUGGGGGCAUCCGUUCCCCUCCCAAGUCUGUGCCAUCUUCCCCACCCUCUCCCCGCUAGGAGGGGUGGACCCCAGGAUGGGGGCAGCCGGGCAGAGGGCUCCUCAGCCCUUUGUCUGCAAGCACACCCCACCUGACCCUGCCUCCCACCACUUCCCUCCGUUGGCAUUAAUCUGGGCACCAGCUAGCCCGCAGCAGUGACUCCUCAUGCUCCCAUUCGGCCCUGCCUUUUCUUCCUGACACUGUCCCCCCCCUCCCGCAGGAGGCACUGCCCUGGGCCUCCGUGGGGGCCUGGCCAGGAAUGACCGGCCUCCCGAGUGAGACAGCCUGGUGAAGCAGCUCCCAGUUCACCUUCGGGUGGAGGUGGGGAGGGGGGGGUUAUGGCGCUUGGCUGGUGGUGGCCACUGCAUCCCUUAAUUUAUUUCUCUGCUGUUUCUGUUCUUGAGAAUUGGGGGCGGGGUCCUACAGAGGCUGCCCCACCCCCACCUGAGUUGUACAUUUUUUUGUGAUGGGUUUUAUUUUUUAUUUUUUGAUUUAUGAUGACUCCACUCCUGUCCAUCACCCCCACUCCCCCAGGCCGGCUCAGUGGCAAGAGGAGCCCUUGGGUCCCAGGAAGGGGGCCUGCCCACCUCAGCCCUCCUGCUCCAUGCCCCCAACUUGGGGCUCCAGCUCAGACCAAGGGCUCCCCCCUCCACCCCAGGGGACAGCCCGGGUGCUCUGAGGGGGCCAGGAGGGCAUGACUUGGCCCCCAAAGGGGUGGGGGCUGGGGGGGCCCCCAGGCAAGGUGGCCCCUCCCCACCCAGCCCCUUUCCUGCACUUAGUCUCUCCUCUGGAUCAACUCGUAAUAAAGAGAAUGUUUGGAAUCUGA